GACGAGAGGACGACUGGCUGCAGAACCCGCGAGGAAAGCCCUGGACGGCCCUGAGGAGUGCCAGAGGAUACCAUGGCGGGCGUGGCCUUGAGUCUUCUCGCGGCAGUUGUCGCUCUGACGACGUCCUCGGCCCUGCUGCCCCACGACGCCACGGAGCAGCAGAGAGCGUUGAGCAAGAACCCUCAGCGCAAUGACCGAGGUCAUCUCGUCCACGCCACGGCCCUCGAUGCCCUUCGGGAGGUCCAAGAGGAUGACGAAAGGCGUGGGCGCAGCAUCGCCUCCUCGUUCGUGCGGGCUGGAGAGGAAGGAGAGGGGGAGGGCUGGCCGAUCUUCUACAAGGAAAAUAAAGAGAUGAGAAAGGAGAGGCAUCGCAAUACAGGAAGCAACAAAAAUAAAAAGCAAGAUACGAAAAAGAAGAAGAAGAAGAAGAAAAGGAAAAAGAAAAGGACGAUGUCGAUGAAGAAGGAAAUUGAAGCCAAACUGCUGCCGACGAUGUCUCUGAGGAAAAUUUACUGGGAACCGGAGCCCCUGAGAAGGACCUGGGAGGUGGCGGAGGCCGUGGAUCCCGUCAGGGUAUCCUGCAGGGACGACGAGUGGGCGUGCGUCGACGGGUCGAUGUGCGUCCCGAAAAAUGUGACCUGUUCCGGUGUGGCUGAGUGCCAGGACGACUCCGACGAGGCGGUGGCGCUGUGUGGAUGUCUGCCGAACGAGUACAACUGCGGCGACCAGUGCAUCGACGCCCUGAGCAGGUGCGACACCGCGCGGGACUGUGCCAACGGGCUCGACGAACGCAACUGCGAGACGUACGUGUGUCCGAGCACCCACACCAAGUGCGCCAACUCCCUGUGCAUCCCGCUGGACGCCGUCUGCAACCUGGUCGACGACUGCGGCGACGGAUCCGACGAGCAGGAGUGCCCUUACCGCACCUGCUACUACCUGGAGUUCGUGUGCGCUAAUGGCGAGUGCGUGCGGCCCGGGCGCGUGUGCGACGGCGCCCCGGACUGCGUCGACGAAUCCGAUGAGGCCAACUGUACCGCAGCGGACUUCGCGAUCUGCGGCAACGGCAGGCGCGUGCACAGGCACUGGUGGUGCGACGGCUGGACCGACUGCAAAGACAAUCACGCAGACGAACUAAACUGUGGACCGUGUACCGACAGGCAGUACAGCUGUUCCGACGGCCAGUGCAUAUCAGCUGGCAACGUGUGUGACUCCCAGUGCGACUGCGUGGACUGUGGCGACGAGGCAGACUGUGAGGAGUAUUACACUGUCAACUCCGGAGUCCCAGAGUGCCACAAGGGCGUGGCACUGACAUGCGUGGUGUCCCCAUUAGAUAGGAGGAAAGACAGAUGCAUUGCCGCCCGGAACAUCUGCGACGGAUUCAACGACUGCCACAACGGAGAGCAGGUGUCGGACGAGUACGGUUGCCUGAACGAGAGCGCCGACUGCGCGCUGCUGGAGAAGCAGGAGGGCACGCUGUUCCCGUGCUCCGACGGCCGCUGCCUGCCCGCGCACCUGCGCUGCGACGGCAAGAGGGACUGCCUGCGCGGCGAGGACGAGGACCAGUGCCGCGAGGGCGUCUGCGGCCGCGGCGAGUGGCGCUGCGGCGGCGGCCAGUGCAUCGCGGAGACCAGCCGCUGCGACCUGGCGCUGGACUGCGAGGACAAGACGGACGAGAUGGACUGCGAGGAGCACGUGUGCCCGCCGGGGAAGAUGCAGUGCGACUCGGGCCAGUGUCUGGAGGCCAAGUACUGGUGCGACCACUUCGCCGACUGCUUCGACAAAUCGGACGAGAGCAAUUGCGGCGAGUGGACGGGCUGCGGCCUUGACGAGUUCGUGUGUUCUUCGGGCGACCAGUGCAUCCCGAAAUCCCACCGCUGCCUCCUCUCCACCGACCCUCGCUACGGCUGCGCGGACGGCUCGCACCUGCUGGGCUGCAAGGAGCCCAGCUGCCCGGCCGACAUGUUCAAGUGCCACUCGGGGCCGUGUCUGGAGAAGUCCCGCGUGUGCAACCAGUAUAUUGACUGCCCCUACACUUGGGACGACGAGAAUUCCUCCACCGAUCAGAAGUGCCCGUUCCCUUGCUCGAUCCAGGCCCCGCAGUGCCAGUGCCAGCACCUGGAUGCCAACUGCUCCGGUCUCGGCCUAAGGGCCUUCCCCGACAUGGACAAGGGCAUCAAUCGCUUCUUCUUCUCGGACAACUUCCUGAACGAGACGGUGCACAAGGAGCCCAUCCAAGGACAUGACAACAUCGUUUAUUUAGACUUGGCGCGGAACCAGAUCAGGUACUUGUACAACGGGACCUUCCAGAACCUGUGGCGCCUUCGGAUCCUUGACCUGAGCGAGAAUCAGCUGACGAUUCUGAGCGACGGCGCCUUCACCGGCCUAAGGAACCUCAGGACGCUGCAUCUCCAUGGCAACCAGAUCACAACUCUCCGUUACUACGCAUUUUACGGCCUCAGGAACUUGCCAAUACUGGACCUCAGCAGCCAGCUUAUUCACUCCAUUGAGCCCCAGGCCUUUGUAGGGCUUAGAAACCUUACUACACUGAGCCUGGCUAACAACGUCCUUACGGCGGUGGAUGACGCAGCGUUUUCGGGCCUGGGAAACCUGAAGAAGUUGGACCUGAGACACAACGCCCUCCAGAGCCUUAGUGAGCAGCUGUUUCACACCGUCCCUCGGCUAGAUCACCUAGAGACGGACGAGUUCCGGUGGUGCUGCCUGGCGCGGGCCGUGCGUACGUGCCUGCCGGCGGCCGACGAGUUCUCCUCGUGCGAGGACCUCAUGUCCAACCUGGUGCUCCGCGUCUGCAUCUGGAUCCUGGGCUUCGUGGCGCUCGUCGGCAACACCUUCGUCAUCCUCUGGAGGAGCAUCUACUCCAGCAAGAAUAAGAUGCACUCGUUCCUGAUCGUAAACCUUGGGCUGGGUGACCUGCUCAUGGGCGUGUACCUGCUGAUCGUCGCGGCGGUGGACGUGCAGUACCGCGGCGUGUACUCGGCCUAUGAGCUCGUGUGGAAGAACUCGUUCCUGUGCCAGUUCGCCGGAUUCAUCAGCACCUUUUCCUCCGAGCUGUCCGUCUUCACUCUGACAGUCAUCACCGUCGACCGCCUCAUCACGAUCAAGUUCCCCUUCGACGUGCUGGAGCCAAGCGUCAUGCGCGGGGUGAUGGCGGGCGUGUGGGUGUGCGUGGGCGUCCUGGCAGCGCUCCCGCUCUCCCGCUUGGACUACUUCGGCAACUUCUACGGGCGGUCGGGCGUCUGCCUCGCCCUGCACAUCACUAACGAGAAGCCCGACGGCUGGGAGUACGCUGUCUUCAUCUUCCUCGUGCUGAACUCCGUGUCGUUCACGGUGAUCGCCGUCAGCUACGCCCUCAUGUACGUGGCGGCGCGGGACACGCACUCGGCCGCGCGCCCCAGCACAGGCGCGCACGGGACGGACGCGCGGGCGAGCGAGGGGGCCAUGGCCACGCGCAUGACGCUCAUCGUGGCCACCGACGCGGCCUGCUGGCUGCCCAUCAUCGUGCUCGGGGUGCUCUCCCUGUGCGGCAUCGCGGUGCCCAGGAAG